AUGCUUCAAGUUGCCCUGGUCUUCGGAUUCUGGGUCAAUUACGGUGUGAACGAGAACAUUAGCCCCGAAGGAAACAAGCAAUGGCACAUUCCUGUGGCCGUCCAGUUCGUCCCUGCGGGUGUUCUCGUCAUCUGCAUGAUCCCCAUGAUCGAAUCUCCCCGUUGGUUAGCAUCGCGAGGUAGACUGCAGGACGCGAGGAAGAGCUUGAGUUGGGUGCGCAAUCUCCCCGAGGAUCAUCCGUACAUCUCAACCGAGCUCUCUAGAAUCGAAACCGCCAUCGAGGAAGAGCUGCGCUCGACCGGACAGGCAGCAGGUUGGAAGCAGAUGUACAAGGAGCUAUUCCAGGCGGGCGUUCGCGGCAGGGUUGCCUUAGCCUGUGGCCUCGUCGUAUUCCAAAACUUUACAGGAAUCAAUGCGAUCAACUACUAUUCCCCUACCAUUUUCAAGUCCAUCGGCUUUACUGGUACUUCCGUUGGACUGUUAGCUACCGGCAUUUUUGGCAUUGUGAAGAUGGUCGCCACCAUGCUGUAUGCGUUCCUCCUGGUCGAUAGGGUGGGGCGCCGUCCCCUCUUGCUUGUGGGAGGUGUUGGGGCCGGAUUUUCAAUGUUUUACCUGGCAGGAUACUCCAAAAUUUCGGGCUCCUUUGGAGCCGUUCCGCCAAUGGACGCAGGUGCUCGGUGCGCUGUUGCCAUGGUGUACAUCUAUUCCUUCUUUUAUGGAUUCAGCUGGAACGGCAUUCCGUGGCUCUUCACCUCGGAAGUCCUACCCACCAGGGUUCGAACUCUGGGAAUGGCGUUCUGUAUCUGCCUGCAGUGGCUUACACAGUUCGUCGUUGUCUACAGCCUGCCUCACAUGGUGCUCGGAAUCACCUACGGAACCUUCCUUUUCUUUGGUAGCUGCACAGUUCUGGCAAUCAUCUUCGCAUGGCUGUUUAUUCCAGAGACCAAGGGUGUCCAGCUAGAGGACAUGGAUCUCUUGUUUGGUCGCGAUGUCCCUAUCCGCGCCAAUCAAGCUACCGCCUCCUAUAACGAGGCCAUUGCGGCCAAACUCGCUGCUGAAAGCCAUGGGAGGGAAAAGGAGAUGGUAUUGGCAGAAGUAGAGCGUGCUUAG